AAUAAGGUAAGCUCUCCCUGCCUCGCAUACUGCUCUACGAAGCCGCCUCGUUCGUAUCAUCCCGGCUGGAAGACUCAAACCAUGUAUCGAUUCCCACUUACAACCCUACCCAAAGCAAAGCUUCCAUUUCAACUCGUACCAGUGACCGUUGACGACAGUGACAGCGAUUCGGAAGAUGAAGCUCCAAAAGACGUUUACACGUCUACCGAUCGAGCUUGCGCGGACAGUAUCAAGCUCUGUCAGAAGUUGCUGAAGCGCGCACAACCAACUGUGGGACUCCACUACGGAAACCCGGACGUUGAAACAGGACUUCCGCUGGACGGGUUGCCCAAAAAUAGCCCCAGCCUGUUCCUUGAGAUCUGUCCGACUGGGACAACCAAUAACAGCGACACGUGCGAGAUUUCCCUGUGUCAGGACAAGAAACCAGUCCUUACAGUGCUGUUCAAGAUACACCUUCGUAGACCGCGAGACCCAAUGCCCGAUUGCGAUGAUCGGUUUGUCUCGAAGCUUACGCUACAGGCAGUAAAGGCCGGAAGGAAGACGGUCUCCGUCCCUGAGGACGCCUUUACGUUCCUGCCGCGCCAUCAUCAUUGCCUCUGCAUUCGCAACGGCAACAACUCCAUCAAGGUAUUGGUGAACAGGGAAGUGGCGGCCCUCAUCAACGGUCCUCUCAGCGAGCUGACUCGACCACUUGACCUUGUCGUGACCAAAGGCAUCGCUGUCAAAUCCGUUGACAUCCCAAUGGAAUUCGUGCCUGACAUUGUCAAAGCUCCGUUCAAAGGCAACAUGCAGGUUGGUGACAGGAUCAACGUCUUCGGUGAACAGCGGAUGGACUGCGAACAAGAAACAACGCUACUGACACUUGGAGACCUGGUGGUGCCUUACAAUAGGGACACCAAGACGGGCAAGACGCGCAUCGUCAUACAGCGCUUCACAAAAUGUCUGGUAGCAUUCUGCAACGGAAAGAAUGUGGUUACUUGCCGAACACCUGAGAAAUUCAACACGUCCGCGGACCUCGUCAUCAGCAAGGCCCUUAAUCCCAACGGAAUUUGGAUUGCACGGAUGGCAGGCAACUGAACUGAACAUGCAUGGAAGAUCUGCCCCUCCUGACCUUGAACCGUCCCCGGACAUUGUGAAACCUUUUUUUUUUUUCCCCCUAACGCUGUUUUUUCUGCUAUAAGAGAGGCCCAAUAAACGCAGUUUUGCAUGACAACA